UAUCUGAGGUGCAUAACAGAAAUAGAGAGAGGCUGGCUGAGCACAGCGGACUACCACCAUGACAGCAGCAGCGUGCUAGGCCCGAGGCAGCCGUCCCUCCCUGCCUGUCUCCACAUCGGCCACCGCUCGACCGUGCUCCGUCAGCUGCCUGGGUGGCUGUGUAGUGUGUAUCGUGGGGUAAAUGUUACCAUUGUUACCGACGACACACGAGCCUCCCAUCCCCCGCCAAAACUGCCGCCACCGGCCCGCUGGAAACCAACUAGAAGCCUCGAAGAUGUUCACGAAGACUUAACCAGCUGAUCUUAACUCCUUUUCUUUUUUUUUUUAACGUCUUAAAACGACCGAAAAUAAUAUGUAACUUUGCCUCCUGAUCUCUGAAGAACAAAAGAAACGGGAAGAGUGUUUUAUCUUAAAAGGAUUGUUGAGUACUCUCCUUUCCUUUUAAAAAAAAAAAUAAUUGAAUAAUUCCUUAAACCUAGAGCUGCCGGUAUUGUCCAAGUGCUCUGCAGACGAACAGGGAGACCAGACCAGUUGUGACUAGAAGCGCAUAUCACCAUGCCAGAGGGGGUUAUUGAGCGCCCGCUGUCCCCUUCCCUCCCCAGGGACUGUGGCCACGAGUGCCCGGUGUGCCGGGUGACCGUGGUGAGUCUAACGGACUACGCCAACCACAUAUCCAGCAGGGUGCACAAGCAGCGCGUGGAGACGGCGGAACGCGAGGGUGCCGGGAACGACCAGGAAGAGGAGUACUUCGACAAGGAUCUGAUCAAACUGAUCGAGACCCGGAAGGAAGUGAUCAGGAGGGAGGAGGAGGCUGCAGCAAAGCGUGCCAGAGAGGAGGCGGCGCAGAGGAGAGAGGAAGAGGAGAGUAGGAAGCGGCAGCAACAGAUCCAGAAGUGGAGUGACGCACGGCAGUACUUCUGCCAGAAGGGGGCGUUGUGGGACUGGAGAUACCCCAACAAAACCCCUCCAACACCACCACCACCACCACCUCGAAAAUGCAAGGGGCCCGCCUGGCAGGAGCAGGGGGGCUGGGACUGCAGUUCUACCCCCGCCGGGUGUCGAGGUCCCUGGGAGACCCAGGAGGACAUCAGGUUCAACUGGUACGACAGGAAACAGGGCCGCAGUGCCACCUGGCACGCCCAGGAACCACCCAACGUCUACAAGUGGAGCGCCGGACAGAGAGGCAGUGGCAGCCUGCACAGCAGGGAGGGAACCAAUAAGAGAUGGCAGCAGGAGGAGUAUCUCCAUCCCCCAGCACAGCAGCAGAGCGGAGGGAGGGAACCCUGGCAGCAGAACAGCGGAGGAGGAGGUGCUACCGGUCUAUACGGCAGCAGCAGAGGGGGUCACGGACUUCAUGGUGUGCUCGCUGACCGUGUCAUGACGGAAGCGCCGAGCAGCACGGAGUCUCUUCACAGGAUGGACUUCACCAGCGACCAGCUGGAUCCGGUCGGGUCCUUCGACCAGCUACACAGAUACGCUCACUUAGAACCGCAGGAUGACUGCCGGAAGGGUGGACACCAGAACACGGCCCGGGAAGGGCCAGCCGGUGGAGCAGAACACGAUCGUAAAAGUGGCACGGGCCCCAAGGCGUUCGGUACUAAUCCUAAACUCGACAAGGCCUGUCGCUGGUCCCCUUAUCCGUCCCAUAAGGAGACUCACCCCUCAGAGAAGCACCCAAAGGGUCCUCCUCCUCCACCAACCUUCCAGACCCCCCAGACCCCCUUGGGCCCCUUGGACCAGGGCAGCGAUGUGGAUCCGAGGCCCAGACGCGACAUGAUGCUGGACCUUCACCGCUCCUCGGGUCUGAAGCCGACUCAGUCCAGACAGGACCUGCGAGCAGCAGGCCAGCAGAGAGCAGCCCAGCAGCAGAGGUCUCCUGAUCAUAGUGUAGAAGGGAGGGAACCCAGGAAGCUUAGAGACCUCUCUACAAGGAUCAGUAGCAGUGAUAACAGCAAUAGUUUGAGGACAGACAGACAAACCUCCUCUUCCUCUGGGUCCACCUCCACCAGACGGAGGGCAGCUAAACCAUCAGAGUGCCUUGAGAAAGGCCUGUCCUCCUCUUCGACUACCAGCCUCAAGACCCACCUGGGUAGGGCCUCUAGCCCCACCCUCAACCUAACUUCCAGCCCCAAGACCCACCUCAGUAGGGCCUCUAGCCCCACCCUCAACCUAACUUCCAGCCCCAAGACCCACCUCAGUAGGGCCUCCAGCCCCAGCCCCACCCUAACUUCCAGCCCCAAGACCCACCUCAGUAGGGCCUCCAGCCCCACCCUCAACCUGACUUCCAGCCCCAAGACCCACCUCAGUAGGGCCUCCAGCCCCACCCUGACUUCCAGCCCCAAGACCCACCUCAGUAGGGCCUCCAGCCCCACCCUCAACCUGACUUCCAGCCCCAAGACCCACCUCAGUAGGGCCUCCAGCCCCACCCUCAAUCUAAUCCCCAGCCCCAAGACCCACCUCAGUAGGGCCUCCAGCCCUAGCCCCUCUACCACCCCCAGGACCCAGCUGAGCCGAGCCUCCAGCCAGGACUCGGACCAGCCUAGGUUGUCCAGACACAGAAGCCAGGAUUUGGGGAGGAGGCAGGGAUCAAAAUCCCCCCAGCAGGACCAGGAGCAGCUGCUGACCGAGAUGCUGAGGAGAGCCAAGGAGACACUGCUAGACAAGAGGAUCUCCGUGGAGCUGUCUGCUGUUAACAACAGGACCGAGGGACAGAAGGCAGUGUCCAACGACCAUAGGAUGGAGAAAAAGGAGAGGAAGAUGGUGCUACACAUCGAGGAACAACAACCGGUGGAGAGCUCUGCUGGCGUUACGGUCGCAGACGACAACAGACAGAAGAGAGGGAAGUCGUCUAGACAGACCAGAGCUAGCAGCAGAGCUACGAACCCAGCUGAGGACUUAGCUAGCAGCAGAGCUACGAACCCAGCUGAGGGCAGAGCUAGCAGCAGAGCUAACCCAGCUGAGGGCAGAGCUAGCAGCCGAGCUAACCCAGCUGAGGACAGAGCUAGCAGCCGAGCUAACCCAGCUGAGGACAGAGCUAGCAGCCGAGCUAACCCAGCUGAGGACAGAGCUAGCAGCCGAGCUAACCCAGCUGAGGACAGAGCUAGCAGCAGAGCUAACCCAGCUGAGGACAGAGCUAGCAGCAGAGCUAACCCAGCUGAGGACAGAGCUAGCAGCAGAGCUAACCCAGCUGAGGACAGAGCUAGCAGCAGAGCUAAUCCAGCUGAGGACAGAGCUGCUGCUACUGAGCCUUUAGAGACCAUGAUGGAGUUUGUGACGUCUCCCUCAGACAACCACCUGUCUGUUCAGUCUGUCCAGGUCAGCACUUCCACAAUGGAGUCCCCAGAAGGGGCUGUGCUCUCUCUCUCUCCCAGGGAGGAGGCGGUGGUGGAGAGGGAGGAGGCGAGGGGCCUGGUGGCUGGAGAGGAGGCCAUGGAAGUAGCAGACGCAGGGCUAUGGUCAGACAGUGACCCCUUGAGAACCAUCGAUCCUAACCUUGACCUCCACACGACCUCUGACCCCUCCCCAGGCUCCACCCAGACCAAACCCACCCUGCCCCUCGGCCUAAAGAGGGACCUCACCCGACACAUCGGCUCCAAGACCAAGAGCGGCAGCCACGAGCCUAAUCUGAACAUAGCCCGGCGGAUCAGGAACGUGAGCGGGACGAGGAGAGGGGACACGGAGAAGGAUAUGGGGCUGAAGCCAACGUUAAGACAGCUCAUCAGUUCGUCGGGGUCACGACGCUGUGUCAACUGGGACCAGGUGUACCAGGAAGUCCACAGGAAGAAGCAGCAGCAGGGGAAAGGCAUGCCCAGGUUUGGAAUCGAGAUGGUGUCCUGUGACCAGGAGGGGGAAGACGUUCCUCUGGCCGAGGGGUUUCAGUGGGAGACCCUCUUCGGCCUCGGAGACUCUGGACCCGCCUUCGUCCCAGUGACUACUCGCAAACGCAGCCUCUCGGAGAGUAGCGUGGCUCCAGACCGCUCGACCGCCAACCUCUCCUCUCUCUUCGGGGGUCAGACCCCUGGUCAGGCGAUGCCAGGAGAGAGGGCACCCGGAGAUGGGGCUGGAAGGGAAGUGAGAUGCAGCUCAGACCAGCAAAGCUCCUCGUCCUUCAGAGACCCCCAGCAGCCUAAAGUGGAGGCGACACCGUGUGAAGACGGAGCACAGAGAGAAGUACAGGGGCCACUACCGGAGGGGCCCCCAGGGGUCGAGCCGAGACCUGACUCCGUGAUAGGGGACAGCAGCUCGGGGACGGAGCAGAACGACACGCAGGGAGCCAGGAUGAAACGACGUGCAGCUGGGGACAUUGCAUGUCCUGAGAUCCCUCAUUCAGAGAGGAAGAGUAAAAGAAUGAAGGUCAAGUCCAAAAAAGAGCGUCUACAGGUGGACCAUCUCCUUGCUGUGUCUCUGAGAGAGGAGGAUCUGAGCCGGUCUCUACAAGGGGUCGACAACAGCCUGAUCCAGGCCAGGGCUGCUCUACAGGCUGCCUACAUGGAGGUCCAGCGCCUCCUAGUGGUCAAACAGCAGGUUUCCAUGGAGAUGAGUACUCUCAGAAGGAAGCGUAUCGAGUUGCUCCAGGGGAUACAAGGUGGUGUUGAGAGCCUUUCCCUGCCCAGAGUGAAGAGCUGUGAAGAGGAGAUGCCUUUAGAGAUGCCCCCGUCCCUGCUCUCGCCUCUAACAGAACCCCCUGUCGCCAGUCCCAACCAGGUUCCCCUCUACCUCCCUCCCUGCUCCACGCCCCCCUCCCUGUCCCCUAGCCACCAGACCCACCCCCAGCCUAUCACGCGGUCAGUAGUUAUCAAGCAGGAGCCCCUGUCCCCUGGUAGGGUGACCACUAAGACGGAGGACGCGGAGAGUGCAGUGACCGUCCACCACGGCUCUCGCAGCACCACGUCAGAGCCCACGCCCAUCCCUACAGCCCCUCACGCAGAUUGUGCCACCAGCUGCCAACCGGUCCGAGGGAGGAAGUCUGAGCGUCACAGAGUCCGCAGAGAGCUCUCUCAAGAGGGCAGCAGUCUACCCGUAGGAGCAUGUGUAGAAUGGAAGGACCCCUCGGCAGGUUCACCAGGCCCGGUCCAGUCAGGAGAGAGGGGUGUUCAGGUUACCACAGCAGACAGGGGUAACUUCAAGCCCCACCCAGCCCCACUGUCAGGCCCAUCCAGCCGCAAGAGCUCGAGAGCUGGGAUCCAGGACCUAGAAACCUCCCCCGUCCUUCCUCUGUCCCUCGCCCCGUCCAACGCGCCGCCUCAGGCGGAGGUGAAGACCAUAAAGCGCGUGAGGAAGUUGAAGAAGAAGAGGGUGCUGAGGAAGGCCAAGGGGGAGGAGCAACAGCUUGACAACAGCGACACAGAACUGGAGGCGGAGACUACCUUCUCCCGACCCGUCAGACUCAUCGGAACCCGCAGGAAACGCAACGGCGGAUGCCGUCCCCAGGUCACCACAUCCUCCUCCACGUCCAGCCCGCCCGGAACAUCAGAGGACAGGGGAGAGCGUCCAGGACCACCGGGGUCUCCAGCCACGACGAGACCCGAGGAGAGGCAGGAGGACUCCGACUCCUCUCUGGAGAUGGUCGUGCUCCCCCAGGCAGCUCCAGGUGAGGUGGUCACCAUUGACACCUCGGGUCCAGAGGAUGGAGACAUGGAUAUCUGCCCCCGGCCACAGCCCGCUGUCUCACCCCCAGCCCCAGACACACUGAAGACGGAGCCCCAGAAGCUGGCCUGCAAUGAGGUGACCUCCACAAGCGAGAUGGAUGGUAGCUCCGUAGGCAAGAGUGAAGUCCAGCUUCCCCCGACAUCUGUCAGGCUGUCCAAGACUUCCUCAGAUCUGUCUCUGGACGGGUCGUCGGAGCCCGGGGGGGAGGAUCUGCCAUCUGAGGGGAUGUUUGAGGGUCACCAGGAGACUGUUAAUGCCAUGCAGGUCCACAUGGGUCUACUCUAUACCUGUUCUGGAGACCGCACUGUUAGAGCCUUCAGCCUGGUGUUUGUCCUCUCCUGUCCCCUGCAGAGCCGUGAGUGUGUGGCUGUGUUUGAGGGCCACAGCACCAAGGUCAACUGUUUGCUGGUUUCUUCUGGACCAGGUCUUCAACAACGACUUUACUCUGGCUCCAGUGACCAGACUAUCCGCUGCUACAACCUCAGGUCCAGGGAGUGUGUGGAUCAGUUCUCUCUCCCAGACCGGGUUCUUUGCCUCCACAACCGCUGGAAAGUUCUGUACGCUGGCCUAGCUAACGGCUCCGUGGUCACCUUCAGCAUCAAGACCAACAAGCAGCUGGAUGUGUUCGAGUGUCACGGGCCGCGGGCGGUGAGUUGCCUAGCGACAGCCCAGGAAGGAGCUCGCCGCAUCCUAUUGGUCGGGUCCUACGACAGCACCAUUAGCAUCCGGGAUGCCAAGAGUGGCCUGUUGCUACGGACUCUCGAGGGGCACACCAAGACGGUACUAUGUAUGAAGGUAGUCAAUGACCUGGUCUUCAGUGGCUCCAGUGACCAGUCGGUCCAUGCACACAAUAUACACACUGGAGAGUUGGUGCGUAUCUAUAAAGGACAUAGUCAUGCUGUCACAGUGGUGGCCAUCCUGGGGAAGGUGAUGGUCACUGCCUGUCUUGACAAACUGGUCCGCGUCUACGAGCUACAGUCACAUGAUCGUCUGCAGGUGUACGGUGGACACACAGACAUGGUGAUGUGUAUGGCAAUCCACAAGAAUAUGAUCUACACUGGUUGCUAUGACGGCAGUGUGCAGGCGGUCAAACUGAACCUGAUCCAGAACUAUCACUGUCGGUGGCAUGGCUGUUCUCUGAUCUUUGGAGUAUUGGAUCACCUUCAGCAGCACCUGCUCCAAGACCACGCCUCUCCCAACACACAGAACCUCAAGUGUCGAUGGAAGAACUGCGAUGAGUAUUUCACCGCUCGCAACGGCUCCAAGCAGGGGGCUCCAAGGCACAUGCUGCAACAUGUUGAGGAGGAGUGGAGUGGACCAGCCCACCCCUGAGGGAGUCUGGAGUGGACCAGCCCACCCCUGAGGGAGUCUCACGCUCCUAACCCCCCCCCCGCCCCCCCUUAAUUCCCAUAUUGGGGUGACCCAGUCUGUAAGGUCACCUGGUUGAACCUGAAUGAUGAGCGUAUCGGUGGGGUGAUUCAGCUUGGUGCCAGGUGACUACUAGCCUGAGAACCAGACCUGUUUGGUGCUAACGUUCCACUUCUUGCCAAUGUUAGUCAUUGACGAGGAGUGGCAAUGAGUGGAAUUGAUAGCACAAAACCGACUGGUAUCCAGGCUAAGUUGACCACUUCCAUACCAGAGAAUAAUGAUGAUGAUGAAUCUGUGGUAUUGUUAUGAAAGGAGAGAUGUGUUCUAGUUCUAGAACCAACUAGAACACAUGUCUUCCUCUCCAUGGUUCUCUCGUGAAUAAAUGAACAUCGCUUAAUGUCAGUUGCCUUGAACCACUGACCAAAUAAGACAAAGGGGACUUGACUUGACUUGACUUGACUUGACUUGACUUGACUUGACCAC